AUGGAAAUUCCAGAUAAUCCCCCUCGUAGUUUUCAGUUUAUUAAUGAACAUGGUCAGGUGGUUGAACAAAGUGUAGAGUAUGAGUGGCUGCCUACUAAAUGUAAAAGCUGCUCUGGUUUUGGACAUUCUAUGGCAGAGUGUAGGAAGGACCUUAAGGCAGUUUGGGUAGAAAAAGUUCCCCCCCCCCCCCCCGCCCCGCCGACUGAGGAGAACCAAUUAGAAAGGACGGACAAGCCAGAUGGAACUAAGGGAGGACCUUUGAAUACACAAGAGGAGGGGUCUCAAGCUACUGAAGAAGCUAAAUCUGAUGAAGGUGUAACGUCUACUACAGAGAGAAGUACUUCUGGGCAGGCUAUAGAAAGGAGCAAGGAAGGACAGUGGCUCACCCCUAGACGAGUCAGUACUCAAAAAACAGGCCCUUUUACUGGUGUCCAUAAACAGGCUGGGUCGGCUCAGAAUAAAGGUAACCAGUUUGGAAUAUUGCAGGAUCAGGAAAGGGGAGGUGGUUUGUUGGAAACCAAAUUGCGUGGUAAGAAAAUUGAGGAGUUUAUGGAACAUAGAUUUCCUAAUUGGGACUAUUUCACUAGCCCGAGAACUGAAGGAAGGUUGCUGAUUCUUUGGAGAAAAGGAGGAGUCUUUGGCAUGAUCUAUCUCGGCUAUUUCUUUCUGUCAAAGCUUGGUUGGUUCUUGGUGAUUUUAAUGCACCAUUUUUCUGUUGGUGAUAGAACUGGUGGAAGCUCUUUGGCUAGUUCUGAGUUGGUGGAUUCAGUUGGCUGGAAAAAUGUUGCCAAAGUUGAGGCUAUCAAGAGUAUGGGUUCCUACUUUACAUGGACGAAUAACCAAGAUGGUUUAGCUAGAAUUUAUUCCAAAAUAGAUCAUGCUCUUAUAGAUGAGGAUUGGCUGGAUUUAUUUCCUCAAAGUGUGGCUGUUUUUCAAUGGGAGGCGGUUUCAGAUCACUGCUCAUGUAUUGUGUCUAAUAUCUCUUUGAAUUCUAUGGGAACCAAGCUUUUCAGAUACUAUAAUUUUUGGUCCAACCACCCUGAUUUUAAGCAAAUAGUCUUGAAGAGCUGGGAAGCUCCUGUGAAGUCAUCUGGGCUGAAGGCCAUUUUUACUAGAUUGAUUCGUCUUAAACAUCAACUGAAAAAGAUAAACAGGGACUGGUUUGGGGAUGUGGGAUUAGGCUACCAUCUGGCUUUGGAAGAGCUACAAACAGCCCGUUUUCAAGCUCAAGAGAAGCCUAUUGACUUUCAAUUACAAGAGGUAGUUAAAGUGAAGGCAACAGAAUUUAAUUAUCAUGAAAAAAUCUACCAUAGUUUCUUAGUGCAGCGCAGCAAGAUCAAUUGGUUAAGGCAUGGGGACAUGAAUUCUUCUUUUUUCCAUGCGUUCUUGAAGAGGAGAAAAACUAAGAAUUCUAUUGUUUCUUAUACUAACGAUAAUGGGGUUCUAGUUGAUGAUUUCAAGGAGGUUGUUAGCCAUUUUUCAGAGCACUUUAAGAGUCAUUUGGGCACUCCUAGUUCGGCUUCAGGGAUGGUUGAUCAGAAUUAUAUGGAUUUAGGCUCUAAGCUCUCAGUGGAGCAACAACUGUAUCUGUUAAAACCCUUCUCUCCUAAGGAAAUAAAGGCUGCCUUGUUUAGUAUUCCCAAUACUAAAUCGCCUGGCCCUGGUGGCUAUGGAUCUGGUUUCUUCAAGUCAAUGUGGAAGGAUAUUGGUCAGGAUAUUUGCUCCGCCAUAUCUCAUGGUUUCUCAAUGGGUCAGUUUCCUAAAGAGCUUCAUGAAACAACUUUGUCCUUAAUUCCUAAAGUUGUGAAUCCAGCUAGGGCCUCAGAUUAUAGACCGAUUGCUUGUUGCUCAACUCUGUAUAAAGUUAUGGCUAAAUUGCUGUGUUCCCGUCUGGUAGUGGUGCUUCAUUAUCUUGUUCAAUCGAAUCAACGUGCGUUUGUUCGGGGUAGAUCUAUAGCUCACAAUAUCAUGAUUCUUCAAGAUUUAAUUAAGAAUUAUGGUAGAGCGAUUACUUCUCCUCGGUGUGCGAUAAAGAUAGACAUUAGCAAGGCGUAUGAUACGGUGGAUUGGCUUUUUUUGGUUAACUUGUUAAAGGCCUUUUGUUUUCCUUCCAAGUUCAUUAACUGGGUCAUGAUAUGCAUUAGGAGUACUACUUACUCUUUGCUGAUAAAUGGGCGGGUUCAGUGUACUUUCAAAGGGGGCAAAGGUUUGAGGCAAGGGGACCCAAUGUCCCCUCUUCUCUUUAUUUUAAUCAUGGAGUACUUGACUAGAGGUUUGCAAUCUGAUGCCAAGUCCUCCUCCUUUCGGUAUCACCCGAUGUGUAAGGACUUGAAGUUGAUAAAUCUUUGUUUCGCAGAUGAUGUCAUUUUAUUUUGUAAAGGAACUGUUGCGGCUGUUUCUGUUCUGAAAGACUCUCUUCAGAAAUUUAGCGAAGCUACUGGUUUGUCUAUCAAUUCCAAAAAGUCCCAGGUGUAUUUUGGAGGAGUUGCAGCAGGAAUUAGGAUUGAGAUUUUACAUGGGUUGAACCUUUCAGCUGGAUCCUUUCCUAUGCACUAUCUUGGAGUGCCUUUGAGGCCUACAAAAUGGAAACACACGGACUGUGAACUCAUUAUCCAAAAGAUGCGUGUUAAAUUGUUUUCCAAACACUUAUCCUAUGCAGGUCGUUUACUACUCAUACAAACGGUGCUGUCUGGUUUAAGGAAUUAUUGGAUGUCUAUUUUCACUUUACCUCAAAGCAUCAUCAAGGAAGUGGAGAAGUUGUGUAGGCAGUUUCUUUGGGGGGCCUCGGGUACUCGCUGUAAGUUUCAUUUGGCUUCUUGGAACCAAGUUUGCUUGCCUAAGGCCUAUGGGGGUCUUGGUCUUAGGGAUGGUACUAGUUGGAAUAGGGCCCUUCUUGCCAGGUAUAUUUGGGCUGUUUCGACUAAACAAGACUCGCUUUGGGUGAAAUGGAUUCAGCAUGUCUACUUAAAAGGAGUGAACUUCUUGGAUUAUGAUUUGAAACAUGACAGUAGUUGGUACUGGCGCAAGCUUUGUCUCCUCAGAACUCGAUUCAAUGAAAAAGAAAUUCUUGCUGCUGGUGUCUCAGGAGCGUUCAGACCUUCAAAGCUUUAUUUUAGCUCCAUAAACCAGCACAUAGUGGCCUAUAAAGAAGGCAUCUGGUGUCGUACCAUUCUUCCCAAACAUAGAUUCCUGUUAUGGAUGGUUAUUAAUUCUUUUCUUCUCACUAGAGACAACUUGGCCAAAUGCACCAUUCCCAUUGACAGCCAUCUCUGCCCUGUGUGUGAAGAUCAAGUGGAGAGUCACAUCCAUCUCUUUUUCGACUGCUACCUAUCUCAGAAGAUCUUGCAUUGCAUAAUUUCAUGGCUGGGUUUUCAUGCCUGGGCUUCCAGCUUCUCGGCAUGGACUGUGGGUCUCAACCUUAGCCAGCAUAACAGAAUGAGCAUGACUAUCAAUAUGAUCCUGGCAACUGCUGUUUAUCAAAUUUGGAGGAAUAGAAAUAGAUGUAUAUAUGAUGGAUUCUCCCUGUCAGCUAAUUGUAUAGCUAAAGAGAUUGUUACUUUAGUCCAGUAUAGAAUUUACAGUGUCCAUAGUAGGAAGUCUCUUCCGAAUUUUAACAUUUUCUUAAGGAAACUAGCUAGUAUGUAA